AUGUCAAGAACUCAUGUAGCUAUGGCUAGUACAGAAAAAGAUAGAAAUAAAGCAAUUGCUUUAACGGCACUUUUACCAGCCGUUGGGUUACUUGUCGGAUUUGGUAAAACUUUUUUGGUUGGAAAUAAAAUUUCCCCUUUUUUUGUAGCAAUAAAUGCUGGAACAAGUUAUAUGAAAUACCCAGGAAUUGAAAUUCCUUUAAUUAAAAUUCAUUUAAAUUUAUUUACUGCUCCAAUGAUAUUUUCAAUGUUUAUAUUUUUAUUGGCCCUUUAUUUGUUAAUUUAUCAUUUUGAUGGAAAAUGGCAUAUUUAUGAAAAAAUGCAAAAAAUAAAUAGUAAAAAUAAUUUGGAAAUGAUUAAAAAUGAAAAUAAAAAUAUUCAAUGUUGGAUUCCAAAUAAUUUGGAAAAAUUAAAAGAAAAUAAAAAAGAUAUACACGCAGAAAGUAGUUAUUCUUUUGAUUGGAUUGCCGUUUUAAUUUGUUGUUAUACUCAAUUAGUUAUUAGUAUGGCUAUGCUUAAUUUACUGACUAUCAGUUCACCAUAUCAACAAUUAGCUUUUCAAUGGGAUGCUUCUCAACUUCAAUUUUAUGGGGGAUUAUGCGGGGUAGCAGUAGCAAUUCAACUAAUUCUUUGGCCAGCUGCUUAUAUGAUGUUUGGAUUAAAUAAAAUAAUAUCAGAACGUCAAUCAGUUAUGUUAGGGUUAAUUGUACUUAUGGGAGGUUAUCUAUUUACAUAUUCUUGGCCAUUUUUGUCAGAAACAUUUCCAUAUGCUUUAAAUUCUUCACCUUCACUACUCUCCUCUUUUUUAAAUAAUAAAACAGAAAUAAUAGAGAAUAUAUCUAAUUGUGGAUCUGAAAGUCAUCCCGGUUGUCCUUCACAUUAUGAGUGGUGUGGAACUACUACAAAACCAAAUAUGCCUCUCUAUAUGGCAUCUCUAAUAUUAAGUACAGGAAUGGCUAUGCCAGUAGUUAGAAUGAAUUUGGAUAUUUUAUAUUCAAAAAUACUUGGAAAUAUUAAACAGGGUGUAAUGCAAGGAAUAUUUUUUGUUUGUCAAACAGUUUUGGAACUUUUGGGUGGACCUAUAGCUGUUAGUUGGGUUUUUGAAAAUUAUGGACCUAGACAUAUUUGGGAAUUUAUUGGUUCCCAAUUGAUUCUUUGUCUUUUUUGUUGGAUAGUAUUUUAUAAAAGAAUGAUCUCAAAAGCAGAAAUGAUGGAAAAAAAUGAAAAAUUAAAAAAUAUUAUUUUUUCUUCUUCUAAUUCAAAAGAAAAACUUUAA